GCGGACACCCCCAACAAGAUAUUGACCAUAUAUUUUUUAAAUGCCCUUUAAACAAAGACGCGUCCGAUCGACUACAGAUUGACUUGUUCCAUAACGGGUUUAGUCCCCCCUUCAGUGUAACUGAAGUCGCCUUCUCAAGUAAUGUACGUGCCAUGCACGCACUCCUGGCUUUCGUUGCAGAAGCGCAAAUUCCUAUUUAAACAUAACAUUAGUACACAUCUAUUCCUGACAAUACCACCACUCUUUAAUCCUAAGUUCCCAGUGAUCACGAUUCAGAGUCUUAUACGUGUCGCUAGUAUUGCUCCGGAGCGUGUGCUCCGUAUCUGGUAGUUUUUAAAGACCCUAGAUCUGCGCAGUUGUCUGGGGUACUUUGUUACUCCAGUUGGAGAAAUCAACCAUUUAACCGUUUAACGGUGAACAUACCAAGAAAAUCACUAUUCAAGCUUAGAAUGGCGUAUGGACUAUCUUGAGUCGGUCCUUUGAGCCACAUAUGCACCAAACCAAACCAAACACGCAACAUUGAAAGAAAGAGAAGAAACGUGCAAGACCAACAAUUGUUGUUUUAGUGAUGCGCGGGAUCACUAUCAAUUUGGGCAUAAUGCGACAUAGAUCCAUACGAUGGUAACGACGACGACGACGACGACGACGACAACGACAACGACAACGACGGCGACGACGACGACGACGACGACGACGACGACGAUAAUGAUGAUAAUGAUGAUGGUGAUGAAACACUUCUGAUGAUAAAGCGAUACUCGAGUUAUCUGUCUGUCGCAGCAAAUAAUUGACAAAUCAGCCAGAGCAAGAUCGUGGCAAUGACGUCGGUGUUCACUUCGUCGACACGUGCGUAAAAAAAUUGAUAUCGAGGAAUGACGGCCUAUCUACUACGAAAACACAUGACAAGUGUGUAAGCUAUUGCAGGUGAUGGCGGGAAAUACAUUGGGGGCGCACGUUUUUGUUGACAGAACGUAAAAUUAAUAUUAGCUGACUCGCGUAAUACCGUAUGUAUAAUAACGUCUGCACAAAAUUUUAAGUGCAUCUCAAUGUGUCCAAAGAGACACAUUGACCAAGAAAAAGAAUGCGUUUUAUUUUAUGUGCACGAGCAUUUCUACUGAAAAGAACUAAUUAAUUUUAUUAACACAAGUGUUUGAACAAAGCAUACAAGAAUCCGAAUAUGUCACACGUACAAAGAAUUUUGUAAGAUUGCUCCGUUUGCAAAUUAACACAGUUUAACGACAAUUAACUGAGCUUUUCUCCCAUCCAACUGAGAUAAAAUGUAUGAGAAUGGUACAAAUGACACAAGAGAGUUGAACACGACAGAUAUUACGGAUUCUAUUUUGUACACUAUACUGAUGAGCGAUCUUUCGACAAGCAUGGUGAAUGCGAUUUACAACGACAACGCGUCCUCUACAACGUACGUAGAAGUGUCACAGGCAAACGAGAGUAAUCAGCGGUUGUGGAAUCUCUCUAAGACCGCUGUAACGUCACUGUCCGAAUCUACAGCAAUAACACUUAAUACUUCGAGAAGUACAACAAUGUACACACCAACAGUAACAACAGAGUCCUUUGAUGAAUUUGGUCCGCCAGAAGGAGUAGAAUAUAUUUUUGUGCCACUUGGUGUGGUGGUCUCGGUUAUUAUUCUAUCUGCUGUGGUAUGGGUACUAAUUAUAUCCAGAAAGCGCAAAUUGGAGCGACUGAGGCACAGACUUAUGCCGAUGUACAACUUCGAUCCUGGAGAAGAGGAGCAAGAUGAUUGGGAGACCGAAUUGUUGGACGAGUGCUAUAGUACUCAUCAGAGACGAAUUGUAUCAUCUCCAACAAGAUAAACUACAAAGAAGAGCAGCCAAUAAGAAAAAUCCAAAGUUAUCUGUGUAUACUUGUGGAUAUAAUGUGCAGCUAAUUUGCGAAGACAUCAUAUUACUUAUAUAUAAAUGUUCUCUAUUAAAAUACUAAAAAGUACAUCCCUUACGCAUAGAUAAUUCUGCAACUUUCAAAAACUAAUGCCAUAUAUCUAAUUAAGAAAAAUAUAAUAAUUGUAAAAAAGAUUUGUAGCUAUAUAGAAAUAUACAUAUAUGUACAUAUACUUGUAUAUAUACAAAUACGCGUAUCUUUUCAAAGAUAUUAAUUCAUUAAUCUUUACAUAACCACUGAUUAAAAAAAAACAAAAAGGCUGCCGCGUUAUUAGUGCAACGAGAUUAGACGAUUCUCGAAUGUUCGAGUAAGAUUAUCGAUCUUUCAAUAUUUUUCUAAGUCGCGCGCUUUGAAGAACAUCGGAAAUUGCAUUUGUUUCAGCAAAGUAGAAAUGCGCAAACGCGCUGCGAAAAUCAGUACUAUAUUAAUUACGCGCAUUUACGAGAAGAUAACGCAGUGCGUACGCAUAUAAUUGAGCCAUAAAACGGUCUCUGUCGACGCAAUAUAAUCCACGGCAAAUCGAAAUUUAAUUUAUUCCUAUUCCCGCAAUAACUUCGUUGCGAUUCCAAGAACUCGAUCGUGAGAAUCUGUUUUUUUCCGUCGGGAAAUCUAUCGGAAUCGAAUUGACGGCGACGCGAAUACCCGUUGUUAAAGUUACGAUCGUGCAAAAGCGACAACGGUUCGAUGCCUCUCCAAAAGUUCCGCGCCCGCCAUUUUCAAAAUUUGCCAACGGUCGCUCCGAAUUCCCAAUUAGACGACUCGACGAUCGUAUGUACCGAAAACGCCGGUCUCCCACGACGAAAUCAUGCUCAUUGCAAAUGGCAAUUUUUUCUCGAAUUUUUCACGCACGCGGAAUUGUCGGUUCGCGCGGUAACGCCGAGAAAUCCGAUGACAGGACUCGCACGUCGAUCGUCGGCCGUCGGUGACGCCAUGGGAGAGAGGCGCGAAACAUGGCGUCGCGAGUUGUGUGACUACGCGGCGUCUCUCCGUAUCAGAGUACAGCGCGUCGGACUUGCGACACCGAUAUCUCUGCAAGUAACGGCGCAGCGGAAUCGUGUGACGGACGGAAAAAUUCGUUGUGAACCCGACGAAUUUUCCAUCGCAUUUUUACAUCGCGGUCACGCGU